AUGUCAAACAAUCUCAUGACUUCCCCAUUAACUUCCACAAGGUGGGACGAAGGUGACAUGUCACUACCUGAAAACUACUCACCAAGACCAUCUUCAGUCGGCGCGUGUUCGGCGAGAAGCAAUAACAGCGUCGUAACACAGCCAACUUACGUGGCAAAUAUGCCGGCAUUGAGGUCAGGUGGGUCGACGCCGGAAGUUCAGAAACGAAUAGAGAAUGCUUCGCCGGAGACGGCCAGGUACGUUGCGUUGAGGAUGUAUAAGAGCCUGAAGAGGCACGGGCUGAGAGAUGAGGUUGGGAGGGCGUUUGAGACGACAGAGGUGGAAGAGGUGAAGGAUGGUGGCGGUGAAGUGAAUGGGGUGAGGAAGAAGAGUGAGGAGCUCAUGGGGAUGGAGUACCUUUUGAAGGAUGGUUUUGUUAGUUAUUUGCGUGACGUGGCAAGAAUCACUCCUCCUAUUCCUCAACAGGUUGUUCGAUUUUCUGGCAUAAAGUACUCGAAGAAGUUUGAGAAUCCAAGCAACAAAUAUGAAACUUUUGGAAAUAAAUUGGUGGGAUGCUUUGUUGGUCCCUUCAGGACCCUUUUUCAGAGAAAUGAUUCAACUUGGGUGCAUAUUUUGAAGGGAGUGGAUGGAUAUGUCAUGCCUGGGUCUAUGACCCUUCUACUUGGCCCUCCAGGAUGCGGAAAAAGCACUCUCUUAGAAAUUCUAGCAGGAAGAGUAGAAGAAACUAAGAACUCAGACUUGCAAGGUGUGGUGAUGUACAAUGAUAAAUUCGCCACCGAAAUACGUCUCAGUAGGCUCAUUGCUUUCAUCAGUGGCCAACUUGACAAACACAUUCCAUUUUUAUCAGUUCGAGAGACGCUUGAAUUUGCAAGGGACUGCACUCAGGGGCUUCGGCCAGAGAACUUCACUCCUCAAAUGAGAAAGUUCUUUGCCCAUGCACUGGUGGAGGGACAAGAUCCAUUUCUAGAGUAUGUCUUAGAAAUCCUAAGCUUAAAGAAUAUUGAACACAAACUUUCUGGAGAAGCAAUUUCUGACGUAGACCGACAGAAGCUCACAACAGCUGAGUUAGCACUGGGAACAUAUUCAGUCAUGCUUUAUGAUCAACCAUUUACCGGGUCCGAUCUUGCAGCUACGUACGACUUAGUGGACACUAUAAGGACCAUUAGCAGGAUUCAGCAAUCUUCUGCGAUCAUGUCCCUAACCCAACUUUCACAGGAAGUGUUUGAUCUUUUUGAUCGGAUUAUACUUCUCGGUGAUGGUCACGUUUUGUUCCAAGGCACUCGUCAAGAUGCAAUUCCUUACUUCAUCAAGCUCGGGUAUAAGAAACCAUCGCAUGUGGAGUCCGCUGAGUUUCUCGAAGAUAUCGUAGCUGGAUAUGGUUCCCAAUAUAUGGGAUCAGAAGCAAUUCCUUUGACCAUUGAAGAACUUGUAGAAUGCUACAGGGCUUCAGAUCAUUACAGAGAUAUUAUGAGGAUUGUUGACGGAGAUGAUGUGAAACACACGUAUUGGGUAGAAAGUGAGCCCGGGCUUGGCCUAUCCCUUAAAACGCCAUCCAUAUACCAUUAUUCAGUUGAUUCACAGCCAAGAAAAGAGACAGAAUUGGUGGUUGCUAAGCUCUCUACCAAAGUAGGGCAUUCAGGGGGAAUUGAGAGCACAGGAAGAGUUCAGAUUGGAGAUGUGGUCACAGCAAUAUCCAUGAACAACGAAGAAAUGCAAUACCUAGCUGUGGGCUCACAAAAAAUCCAGCGCAAGCGUGCCUCACAUGCAUACUCUGUGUUAAAGAAGGAACGAGGCCCCAUCCAUCUCCAAGUUGAGCGCUACAAGGAAGAGGAGGAGGAGUAUGAAGCUCAAUGGGAGCAAUUCCAAAGGCCCUUUGUUCAGACGUGGUGGAAGUCUACUAAAACUCUAAUAAAGAGGCAAGUCAAGAUCACUAAAAGGCUCCAAACUUUGCUGAAGUUAAGGUUAUUCCAGGCAAUUGUACUCGGUGUGUUUGCAGGGACUCUAUUCCACAAACUAGGAGAUCAAUAUACACAACAGCAAAUGAAUUCAGUGAGGGCCCUGGGGUUCGUGUCUACCAUGAGCAUAAUGCUCAUAAAUCUAGUGCAGCUUCCUCUAUACAUGCUCCAAAGACCAAUCUUUUACAAGCAUAGGGCUCAGAGAUUCUUCAGAGCUUCUUCGUACAUAGUUGCUCAUUGCAUAGUCAAUCUCCCACAAACCCUUUUAGAAGCACUGGCUUAUACUCUCUGCGUUUAUUUUUUGGCGGGUCUAUCAUUGGCAGGAGAUUGGGCACCAUUCUUUGAGUACCUGCUUCUGUUAUUCUUGGUUGCAUACUUUGGUUCUUCUGUCUUUUUCUUUAUUAGCGCCAUCUCUUCCAUUCCAGAAGUGGGAAAUGCUUUAGCAGGUCUACUAGUUUCGAUCUUCCUACUCUUCAGUGGCUUUGUGAUCUACCCAUCCAAUAUCCCAACAUACUGGAAAUGGCUCACUUAUGUGAACCCAAUUCACUGGGCUAAUGUCUCAUUCUGCCGGUUCCAGUUUGAGGGUUACACUGAGCCCUGCUCCAACUUCCUUGGCAAGCUUCCUUUCUGUGACCAGUACCCAACAAUGACGGUUGGAAAAGCCUAUCUCAUCUUCUAUGAGCUUUCUGAAGACGGCAAGAGACGAUGGCUGCCUUUCGUCAUUAUCUUGGGGUGGACAGUAGCUGCCAACUUGUUAGCAUUAUUGGCACUGAAGAAAAUAGAGUUCACAGCAACCAGCCAGUCGUUGCCUCAUCUCAAAAAAUGCCCAGUAAUAAGCAACUUUAAAGAAGAUAUGGAGAGUGGAUUUGAGUCUGACAGAAGUCCCAAUGGACAUUCUAAUGAUUACAGCAGUGCUUCCACAUAUAGUAGGCCGCAAAGUUUACUUUCCGCUUAUGGCAAAAUGAACCACAAUGAGGGAGUUGAGAAAUGGAUUGAAGAAUUCCGAAUUGAUUUUGAGAGGAAUCAGCUAGGAAUUCCAGUUGAACCAGUAACCCUCCUGUUCAAGGAUUUGUCAUUCACAAGGGCAAACACAGUGCACGAGGCUCCCGCCAUUGCGGGGUCUAGGGAGGGUCAGAUGUACGCGACCUUACCUCCGUAUGGGGAGGCUGUUUCCGGUUUUGAACAUGUGACCUCCAGGUCACAAUGGAGCAACCUUACCAUUGCGCCAAGGUAUGAUGAGGAAACUAAAGAAAGUACAUCAAUCUUCAACAACAUCACUGGCUAUGCUAGACCACAAAACAUGCUAGCCAUAUUAGGUGGUUCCAGAACAAGCAAGCCCAUACUGCUCAAGUGCCUGGCUGGAAGGGUACCUUUAACUGGCAACCUCACUGGAAACAUUCAGGCAAAUGAUGUAAAACCUGGAGCUACCUUCUUUAGACUAACAGGCUAUGUUGAGAAGCUUGAUGCCCACCAACCUUAUCUCUCUGUACGUGAAUCCCUUCAAUUCAGUGCAGCACUUCGUCUUGACCAAGCAAUCAACACCAAGGGCCGUCGCAUUCACGUUGAGCUGGUCCUUAACCAACUCGGUCUAAUGCCCUACUCCAACCAACUAGUUGGUUCCCUUCGUGAUACCACUGGAAAGACUUUCGAAAUAGCCAAGAAGAUGACAAUAGCAGUAGAGCUCGCUGCUAACCCGAGUCUUCUCUUUCUUGAAGAACCAAUAUCUGGCCUCGACACAACAGGAACACUGAACAUCCUCAAAAUUCUCUUUCAAAUUUCAGAGUCAGAUCGUGUCAUUAUUGCUACUCUUACACACCCCAAUGCUCGUUCUCUGUCCUUCUUUGACCAGGCUCUCAUUCUAACACAAGAAGGGGACCAAGCAUACUUUGGUCCAAUAGGAUCUAACUGCAAAGAUUUGCUAGAUUAUUUUGCAUCAAUUCCAAAGGCCCCUCAAUAUUUCAUUAGAGAAAGUCCAGUUAGCUUUGUCAUGGGGGCUCUUGGCCUAGGCAUAAAAAAUAGGGGUACUCCUUCAUUGAACUUUGCAGAGAUCUUUAAAGUGAGUUGCUUGCAUGAGAUCAACCAAAAAGAGAUGAGAAAUUUAAAGAAGUUGACCAAGAAUGGAACAACAGAGCGCCUAUCUUCUACUUACUCAGCUCCAUAUUCACACCAAGCAAUUUUGGUAUUGCUAAGAACACAAAGGUUCUUAUGGAGAAAUGUGCAAUAUACAUAUGGUAGACUUACAGGGUGCAUCAUGAUUGGUCUGCUGAUGGGUUCCCUUUACUUUCAAAUCGACUACAAAGAUACAUACAGCUUGACUUCACGUUCACUUUACAUAUACAUGCAAGUUAUACUCAUUGGGGUUAUCUCAGCAAACAAUGUCAUCCCCCAAAUUGGCACAGACAGGCUGGUAUACUUCAGAGAGAAAAGGGCUGGAAUGUAUCUUCCAAUAUUUUAUCCAGUCUCAUGGGCAGUGGGUGAGAUUCCAUAUUUUUUAAUCGCAACGCUUGCAGUAGUAGGAAUUGGGAAUAGCAUGGCAGGAAUUGGGACAGGUUCAACUACAGAAUUCCUACUGUAUUGGCUAGUGCUCUUCAUGUUCACAUUGUGUGUUACAUAUUUCGGGAUGAUGGUCACUUUCCUAGCACCAGUGCCUACACUCGCUGCAUUUGUUGUGUCAAUUGUCACCUCAUUGUGGGUGUCAGCUUCUGGAGUAGUUGUUGUGCUAUCCGACAUAAAGUUCUACAGGUGGAUGUAUUGGAGCAACCCAUUCCAAUAUGCAGUGAACGCAUUGACCUCAAUCAGUUUUUAUUGUGAUACAAAGAAUUGCAGAUCAGACUGCAGCUGCCCACGGCUUCCAGAUGGCUCAUAUGUGUGGGAUAGACUGGCAAGAUUGAGAGCUUUAAACCACAAGAGAGUAGAUACAGCCAUACUCACCUUGUCUGCAAUGUGUGUGUUGUUUGCCUGUCUUGCCUUUAUCUUCUUUAUUGUGCUGAAGCACAACUCACGCCCUCGUUUAUAG